AUGACAGAUGGACAAGAAGAACAGUGGAGUGGGCUCCCGUACGGUCUUCACGAUCUGAGGGUAGACCUGCUGCGAGGUGGGGGAUGUGCCUGUCGAUCACGUGAAACAGCUGCGAAAGCAGCUGAACGACUCCUUACAUCGCCAUCUCCGUCGAAUUCUGAGCCCACCGUGGAUGGCGAUUGCGGAAGACAGGAGCGAAUGGUUCGUUACUGGUGCUCGCACAUGGGUGAAGACGAACAGUAUAAGUAG